AUGGCUGACUUGGUUCCAUUUCAUUCCAUGCGAUGUCCUCCUCUGCGCCAGCCACGCGGCACUAUGCUCGAUCCCAUUUUGGAAGACGUCGGUGAAUCAAAUAUUGGGGAUGCGGCCGUCACAACUCUGCCAUCCAAGCCUGCUCAGAUAAGCCCUAAGUUGACACUCAAGACGAGCGGACUUCCAGCACCGAAGAAUCCACGACUGGCCCGGUUGAUGUCGCCGCUCUCUGCCGGCACCCUUUCUUCGUGUUCGGACUACGAAUGGCAACAAGAGAUACGAGACUAUGACGACAUGUACGAUGCCACUGAUGACAACGAUACGGAAGAUGAUAAUUCCACCGAAAUCAGUGAAUCCUGUUUCUCGGGCAUCAACACCCAACGUUCAAGUCUAAUCACCCCCAUCACGCGGAACUCGGUCACAUCAACAGGGAGUCGGCGCAGUCAGGGGACCCGAGACUUCAGGCUCAAACUGGACAUUCCAUCGUCGACGCAAUGGCCAUCGCUCAAUGGCACUUGCAAGAACUCGCCGGUGCCUCCAACGCCGCCAUCGAAGAUUCCGGUUUCACCUGCAGCGUGGUCGUUGCUGAGUCGGGACAUUCCGGCCUCAUUUGCUCCACCGUCGCUCGAUGGAAGUGUCUCCUCCGACCAAGAAUCCAAUUCGAGUGCACUGGCAACCCCGGAUUCGAACUCCCUUCCGGAUACAGACUGGGAUUCUCGAGAUCUUCAUGUGCGCCCGGAUGUGGACGAUCCAGUGAACCACCUCACCUCGGAUGACAACCAGCUCCAGCUACCGGACGAAGUGAUCGCUAUUGAAGCAUCGCACGAUGACUGGCGGCAUAGUUUCGGGCGGUUUGAUCAUCUCUUGCCAGCCCUGCACAAUAUCUCCUUGGACUCUUUGAAUCUGGAGGCCGAUAUCACUGAUGAGCUGCCAGUACGGGAGCCUACACCGUCUGAUGACGGUGUCUUUCUCCCAGAUGGGGCUUUGGCAAUGCUGCAGCAAAUCCCUCUUGAUCGCACGCCUGAGACUUGGUCCGAGACGUCUGAAGAUGAUGAGAUGUGGCAGCUCCAACCUGCCCCUCGAAGCCGUCCUCGAAGUUUUGACGGAGCAACUCCUGCAUCAGAACUGUCCGGCUACAGCUUCAGCGAGUUGAGCAUCCCAUCGCCUGGUGGGUUCUUUGCGUCUUUGGCUCCACGAGCUCGUCACACGUGGUCGAUCCCGAACACCAACAUUCCGCCGACGACCGCGGUAGCAGAGGGAUUUUAUGAUCUUCCCUUUUCUCGUGACCAGGGCGAAGUCGUUGAGCAAGUCAUCGAGUGGCCCGACCAUGCGCACGAAGAGGACCCGGAUACGGCUGUUCGAAUUGAGGAGGGUCCACUCACUGCGAUUCGACUACCGUGCGAGACACCCGCACGGCCACUAACUCGGCAGGAUAAUAGCAGCCCUAUCAGUGCAACCUUUGAGGCUGUUCAGGAGAUUACGCAACCACGCAACGUGUAUGAAUAUGAUGAGCUCUACGAAACCGAACUUGAACAACGUGCAGCGGCGAGUCUUGAUCGGACAAGUGUGUGGCUCAACGCUCAAGCAACCUAUCUGGCCGCGUUGAACGAGACUAACCCCAUCAACGAGGUUGACUCGAAGACCAAUUUCAGCUCACCUGCCGAGCCUGUUGAUCAUCCCGAGGAUCCUGAGUUGACGACCAAGAAGAGCGUUCGAUUUCUAGAGGGCGUGCCUGAAUCUCUUAGUCCUGAUCCGCCAAUGUUCGCCAGCAAGGAUUCAAUCUAUUGGCGGGGCUUCCAGUCAAUCCGGCAGAGAGGAAACGCUACCGACGGCUUUCUUCACCGCAACAUGCGUUUUGAUGCCAUUCAGUCGUUCCGCGUCGGCCUUUUGGAGACACACCUCAACGGCUUGAUGGGCAAGUAUGAGCUUACUCUACCGAAGAGACCUGCGUACAAGGGACCAUUUUCGCAGGCACCGCGAAACUCGAUCAUCACCUCGGUGCUGGCCGAGAAAGCUCAGUUCGCAAAACUUGAGAAGGAGCAGCUAGUCUUGGCCCAGCUUUGCCAGCCGAUGUGGGCCAUGGACGCACUCCGAUGUCUCAACGGUGGCCAGCUUCUCACCAGUCCGGUUGAGAAGCGAGCCAGACGGGUCCGCAAGACGCCUCAUGGUCAACCUCGCCCAAAUCUACGCCCAGUGCGUAUCCUUGAUCUUGGCGGUCAUGCUUCAUGUGAAUGGGGCUGGCAUGCGGCCUUGGAGUUUCCACAAACAAAGGUCUAUUCAGUGGUCAGUCAGACACAGACCGUCAACAGUGCCAUAAAGGGACCGCCUAACCACCGUGUGGUGACGGUGGACCGAUUGUGGGAGUUGCCAUUUGGGAACAACAAGUUUGAUGUCAUUACUACUCGCUCUCUUCACGCCUUGUUGAAGAGCCAGUGUCCCGCCGGGCUUGACCGAGACGAGUACGAUUUGGUGCUCAAGGAAUGUCGUCGCUGUCUCAAGCCGGGGGGCUACUUGGAGUUCAUGGUACUGGAUGCGGCUAUUUCUCGGGCUGGUCCAUGUGGCUCGGCAGCAUCUGACGACUUUGCUCACAAUCUUCGAGCGAAUGGGUACGACCCCGCUGCGUCCAAACAGUUCCUGGCGCGUCUUCGACAGGGAGGCUUUGUUAACAUCAAGCGGGCCUGGAUGUUCCUGCCCAUGGGUACGGAGCCUCUCACGCCGGAACCUCCUCGCGAGACUCCGGCUCCUCGCGUGCAGAGCCAAAUCGAAGACUAUGAAGCAGUGCAAGGUCCCAUCGGCAGUACCGAGGACAUUGCCAGCGUGACUGGCAUUCUUGGUGGCUGGAUGUGGGAGCAGUGGCUGGUCCGGCUGCGAAGCGAGAUGGGUCAAGAUCGAUCCAAGUUGCUUGAUGGAGUGGGUGCCUUGUUUGAUGAAGGGAGAAAGACGGGCGCAGGCUGGACCUGCUUGUCCGGGUGGGCUAUGAAGCCCAAAGUGAAUAAGAAGACGACACACUUACGUCGUUGA